AUGUCGUGCAGAGCGUCGCGUGAGAGAUAUUUUGAUCGCCGCACGUUUCUGAUCGCCGGCGGAGAAGCCGUGCUCGCCGAUAGGGCUGAGAACCAUGACGAGAAGACGAGGGCGACGAGGACGGCUCAGACAGCCCAGACGGCCAUGCGAACCAAGGCGGACCGCAGCCGCGGAUACGACGCUCAUCAGGACAUCGCCAUCCCCAUCACCAUCAUCAUGAUCCAAGCUGCGCUCCACUGCGCCUGCUCCGCGGUGACCUUUAACUUUGCAGGGGGAGGAUCGUUGUUCCACCUCCAGUCGGAGCAGCCCCGAUUCUCCAGCAAUUCUAGAACGCCGUGCCUGCACGCCUUGUCUCAACCGACGUUCAUGCCUUCAUGA